AUGCCUUACAAGUUAAGCAUCAUCGGUUCAGGAAACUUCGGAAGCUGCAUCGCCAGACACUGUGCAGCUAACAUCAAGAACGUUCCAGAAAUGGAUCAGCAUAUCAAGAUGUGGGUUCUUGAAGAAAUCGUCAAUGGUGAAUCCCUCAUCAACACAAUUAACACAACACACGAGAAUGUCAAGUAUCUUCCAGGCUACAACCUCGGCGAGAACGUCGAAGCCAUCGGCGAUGUCGUCGAAUGCUGCGAUGCAGAUUUCUUCAUCUUCGUCGUUCCACACCAGUUCCUCCCAGCUACACUCCAGAAGAUGAAGGGCCACGUCAAGAACACAGCUACAGGAUGCCUCCUCACAAAGGGAAUCAACUUCAAGGAUGGCAAGAUCCAACUCCUUACAGAUACAGUUGAAGAGAUCAUCGGCAUCAAGUGCGGUUCUCUCAUGGGUGCUAACAUCGCUAACGAAAUCGCUCGCGGAGACUUCUGCGAGUCCACAUUAGCAUUCCCAGAUAUCCCAGAGCGCGAGACAUGGAAGCAGCUCUUCGACUCUCCAAAGUUCAAGAUCUCCUGCACAAACGACAUUGUCACACAGCAGCUCUCUGGCACAAUGAAGAACAUCGUUGCUCUCGGUGGCGGUAUUGUUGAUGGUCUCAACAUGGGUCAGUCCACAAAGGCUGCUAUCCUCCGUGAAGGCUUCGUCGAGAUCUUCGACUUCGCUAAGAUGAUGUUCCCAGACAGAGGCGUCGACAUCCUCACAAUGAUUGAAUCAUGCGGAUUCGGCGACAUUGUUGCAUCAUCAUAUGGUGGCAGAAACAGGAAGUGCGCCGAGUACUUUGUUAAGUUCGGCAAGACAUUCCAAGAGUGCGAAGCAGAGCUCCUCAACGGACAAAAGCUUCAAGGUACACUCGCUGCUGCCGAAGUCUACAAGAUCCUUGUUGAGAGAAAGGCAACAGAACAGUUCCCACUCCUCACAACAAUCCAGCUCAUCAGCGAGCGCAAGGUUGCUCCAACCGAGAUCAUCAACUACAGAGGACAUGCAACUGUUGCAUCAUCCGCUUAA